AUGGCGGAUGACACUAGGGAGAUUCGGCCAGAGAUUGUAGACGCUGCGCUGAGCGAAAUGAAACUUGAGGAAGGGAUCGAGGUUCAGGAUUUUGCCAAUGGCACAAACGGAGACAUUUCUACUCCUACAGAAAUCAAGAGGUCUCCCUCCAAUACCCCAGGUCUUGUAAACUCUCGCUCUCGAACCCCUUCAAGAAGACAAAGCAGCAGCCAAACGCCAAAAUCUGGAGAUGAAGAGGAUGAAGAGGUUAUUGGCGGUGACAUUACCCUCACCGUCGAACCUGGAAAAGCUCCGAAGCUAUCCAGGAAAUCAUCACAAAAAGUAAUUCCUCGACCACCCCCUCUCUUCAACGAUCUUCCAGAUUCUACAGAAGAGGCAGCUUCAGUUUUUCAGGUAAUUAAAGAUUGCAUUUAUGGAGCUAAGCAUAUGGGGGCUUCCGAUCACGAUGCAUUGGAUUGUGAUUGUCCCGAGGAAUACAGCGAUGGAAAUAAUCAUGCCUGCGGAGAGGAUUCAGAUUGCAUUAAUCGAUUGACCAAGAUGGAAUGUGGUGGAGGCCACAAAGAUUGCAAUUGUGGUGUUGCUUGUCAGAACCAACGCUUCCAACGCAGACAAUAUGCCAAAGUUUCAGUGAUCAAGACGGAUAAAAAAGGUUACGGGCUACGCGCAAAUACCGAUCUACAUCCUGAUGAUUUCAUUUUCGAGUAUAUUGGAGAAGUUAUCAAUGAACCGACAUUUCGACGACGCACCAUUCAAUAUGACCAAGAAGGAAUCAAACAUUUCUAUUUCAUGUCCCUUACCAAGCAUGAAUUCGUGGAUGCAACAAAGAAAGGGAAUCUUGGCCGAUUUUGCAAUCACUCAUGUAAUCCGAAUUGCUAUGUGGAUAAGUGGGUGGUCGGGGAAAAGUUGCGCAUGGGCAUUUUUGCCGAGCGUGCAAUCAAAGCCGGCGAGGAACUGGUCUUCAAUUACAAUGUUGACCGAUAUGGUGCCGACCCUCAACCUUGUUACUGUGGCGAACCGAACUGUACUGGAUUCAUCGGAGGCAAGACUCAAACUGAACGCGCUACUAAACUUUCUCAUGCUACCAUUGAAGCUCUUGGUAUUGAUGAUGGUGAUGGUUGGGAUUCAGCUGUUGCUAAGAAACCUCGGAAAAAGAAGACAGGUGAGGAUGACGAAGAAUACGUUAACAAUGUUCAACCAAGGGGACUUGAUGAAAAUGGAGUGCGAAAGGUUAUGGCAACCCUUAUGCAAUGCAAAGAGAAAUGGAUUGCCGUCAAGCUACUGGGCCGAAUUCAACAGUGCGAAGACGACAAAGUUCGAAACAGAGUUAUACAAAUGCAUGGUUAUCAAAUACUUCGUACGACCUUGACUACUUGGAAGGAAGAUAACAACGUGAUCCUCCAAGUACUUGAUAUUCUCUACAAGUUUCCACGACUCACUCGAAACAAAAUCGUUGAUUCGAAGAUCGAAACAGUUCUAGAAGGCUUCACAAAUUCCGAGCAUGAAGACAUUGCUUUCGAGUCAAAGAGACUAUUGGAAGCAUGGAGCAAAUUGGAGUUUGCAUAUAGAAUUCCAAGGAGAGCUCCAACUCUUGUUGCACAAGUAUUUGAGCGACGACCAGAACAAGUAGAGAAAGUCACUCAGUCUCCAUCUCCAGCCAUCAUUGCCCCUACUGGGCCCCGGAGCGUUAUUCCUCAACGCAAUGCCAACUUCAUUCUGAAUCGACCUAUGCCUCGGCGCAACAAUUUCAACAUGGUAUUGCCACCCGGCUGGUUUACCGCGAUGGACCAAAAUGGAAACGCCUACUAUUAUAGUAAAACGGGACAAACAACAUGGGAGAGGCCAUUUAUGCCCGCAGGAGCAGUCCCGCCACCACCACCGCCAAAGGCAGCUCCAAAGAGUGUGCAAACGCAAAAGGCUCUUCAAGAUAUUAUUGAUAGUAUUACAAAGGAGCCUUCGACAACUCCUGCUCUUUCCUCCCAUUCUGCUGAAGGCACACCUAAGGAAAAGAAAAGGCCACUUGAUAAAUGGCGCUCACUACCUCUCGAGAAGCAGAUGAAACUUUAUGAGAAUACCCUAUUCCCUCAUAUCAAACACGUAAUGCAAAAAUACUCCGGCAAACUCCCCAAGGAUGACCUCAAAAAAUUUGCAAAGGAAUGUGGUAAAAAGCUCGUGGCCUCUGAUUUCAAGAACAAUCGCGUUGAAGAUCCUACAAAGAUAUCCGAAAAGCAUGAAAAGAAGGUUAAGAAAUAUGUGCGUGAUUACUUCGAGAAGGCAGUACAAAAGAAAAAGGAAAUGGAGGAAAAGCGAGCGGAAAGGAGAAAACGAGAAGCGCAGCCUAGGAAUAAUGGAAGUGGAACCAAUGGAAAAGAACCAGGGCGAGAAAAUGCGACUACAAGUAGUAGUCCGGAUGUGGUUGAUGUGGAUGUGGAGGUCGACGUACCAAGUCCGACAGCAUCACCUAGUGGACAACUCGAAAUGGAAUUUUUGAAAAGGAAAAGAGAAGACAAUGACGAAAGUCCGUCAGAAAAUAAGAGGGUUAAGGAUCAUGGCACUGAAAGUGAAACGCCAACUGAUUCUUUUACACCACCUCCCCCUCCUCCGCCGCCGCCCGAGGAAGGUAUGCCUAUAUUGGGGUCAGAAGAUCCUGAGAUGGCUAAUGGUAAUGGGCAAAUUGUAAGUGAGGAAGAGGUGAAGGAAGAAACAGAAGAGGAGAGAGAGUUGAGGAUGCAAGAAGAGGAUCUGAUGAGGGAGAACGAAGAGGCUAUGAAGAUGGAGAUGGAAGUAGAAUCAGUUGGAAGGUUAAAGGAUGGCGAUGACUCCAAUCAGCACAUUAACGGUGAAAACAUGGAUAGACAUGAUGAGACGAUGAAGAGUAUUGAUGGAAGUGGUCAUGAAGCAAUUUCAACGAUUAAUUAA